CAUAAAAGUGCGCUGUGAAUAUUUCAAGGGGAUUUUUACUUUUGCUUAGGGGAAAGAUACCGUACCGGUACCGUAUUGCAUUAGAUUUCUAUCUGCCCCUGGUCCCCGCUUUGAUUUUAUUUUAACCAUGGAAUUUCCUUGGCAUAGACAUAUGCUCUGCAGUUGCUGUGGGGGGAAGUUGCAACCUAUCCCUCUCCACGAGAACAACUACUUCCAAAGACCAUCGACUCGGCCCGACGCCGAUUAUAUCCUUGCAAUGGCUUCGGCAGUUUUUUUCCUGGAUCUCAAGGGCAAGACAUUACUAGCCCGCAACUAUCGAGGGGACAUCCCCAUGUCAGCGGUCGAAAAGUUUCCUAUCCUUUUACUCGAAGCCGAGGAGGAGAGUUCCGCCGUUCCACCAUGCUUCUCGCAUGAAGGUAUUAAUUAUCUCUAUAUACGACAUAAUAACCUCUACGUGCUUGCUCUUACAAAACGAAACUCUAAUGCCACUGAGACCUUGCUAUUCCUUCACCGAAUAGUGGAAGUAUUCACGGAAUACUUCAAGGAGCUUGAGGAAGAGAGUAUUCGGGACAACUUUGUUAUUAUCUACGAGCUUCUCGACGAGAUGAUGGACUUUGGGUACCCACAAACUACAGAGACUAAAAUUCUUCAAGAGUACAUCACCCAAGAAUCCCACAAGCUCGAGAUCCAAGCCCGCCCGCCUAUAGCCGUCACAAAUGCCGUCAGUUGGAGAUCAGAGGGUAUCCGCUACCGCAAAAACGAGGUCUUUCUGGACGUAAUUGAAUCGCUUAAUCUUCUCGUUAACAGCAAUGGAAACGUCUUGCGAUCCGAGAUCCUUGGCGCUAUCAAGAUGAAGUGUUAUCUCUCCGGCAUGCCAGAGCUGAGGUUAGGUCUCAACGACAAGGUCAUGUUUGAGAGUACUGGUAGAACUACAAGAGGGAAAGCUAUUGAAAUGGAGGACGUCAAGUUCCAUCAAUGUGUACGGUUGUCGCGGUUUGAAAACGAUAGAACAAUCAGUUUUAUUCCACCGGAUGGCGAAUUUGAGCUGAUGAGCUAUCGGUUGAAUACUCAAGUGAAGCCCUUGAUUUGGGUAGAGUGUAUGGUUGAGAGCCAUUCUGGGUCAAGAAUCGAGUAUAUGCUCAAGGCCAAAGCACAAUUCAAGCGACGCUCUACUGCGAACAACGUAGAAAUUAUCGUUCCGGUUCCCGACGACGCGGACUCACCUCGAUUCAGGACAAACAUCGGAACCGUACACUAUGCGCCCGAGAAGUCUGCGAUUGUCUGGAAGAUCAAACAGUUUGGAGGCGGAAAGGAGUUUUUGAUGAGGGCUGAGCUAGGUUUACCUAGUGUCAAGGAGGCCGAACCUGAGCGGAAGAAGAGGCCAAUCAGCGUGAAGUUUGAAAUCCCUUACUUCACUACGUCGGGUAUUCAGGUCCGAUAUCUUAAGAUCAUUGAGCCCAAGCUGCAAUAUCCUAGUUUGCCAUGGGUCAGAUACAUAUCAUGUGCUUCAGACUACCAUGUGCGCCUCCCCGAACCUACUCAAAACUAAGCAAUGUGACUACGAUGGAAGACUGUUUUAUUGGGUGAUAGUUCUUUUGGUUUUGAUGUACAUAAAUGACAUUGUCGGUCUACUUCCUA